GUGGGUGGUGGGAUGUCGGAAAGGCCAGAUGACAAAAUGGUGAAGUUCCUGGCACCCCCCCCUAAAAGUGGAAAUGGACCAUCUUCUGGUUCAGAUUCAAUGGUGAGCGAGUCCAGACCAGCAGACGUGAGACGCCGGCAUCACACCAUGGAGCGUGACAAGUGUAACCCUGAACAUCGUUUUUUGCGUCGAAGUGUCAUCAGCGAUUCCAAUGCCACAGCACUUGCCCUUCCUUUACCCAACAAGGUCUCUGCACCUCAGUGGAUUAAGUCACAGGAACCUCCCGGCCAGCGGCAAAGAUCUGACACUGCUACUGAGUUGCCCAAAGCUGAAACUAAUGUAGCUCAAAAUGAAAAAUCUGCUGAUGGGGAGAGAGAACCAAGAAAAGAUGUAGAAGUUUCCAGAGUAGAUAAUGUGCCUUCAUCUCAAGAGCCUAUUGCUGUUCAAGAUGUGUGUGAUGGAGAGCUGGAAGGAAACGCCCGGCCUGCAAAAUUGCCAAACCAAGCAGAACCUGAAAGCUUGAAUGAGGUAAAAGCUCAUCCUGAGGAUGUAGGAGAUGAAGAAGACAAAGAUUCCGCCAAGGCACGAGCAGAAGCCGAGCAAAGGGAAGCUGAGAAAAGAGUCCAAGAUGAUAUUGAAGAGGCAGAAACCAAAGCAGUUGGAACAUCACCUGAUGGGAGAUUCCUGAAGUUUGACAUAGAGAUCGGACGUGGCUCCUUCAAGACCGUCUACAAGGGUUUGGACACAGAGACUACAGUGGAGGUCGCUUGGUGUGAGCUACAGGAUCGUAAGCUGUCAAAGACGGAGCGUCAACGCUUUAAGGAGGAAGCAGGGAUGUUAAAGGGACUGCAGCAUCCCAACAUUGUUCGCUUUUAUGACUCCUGGGAGGGACCUUCCAAAGGAAGGAAGUGCAUUGUUUUAGUCACGGAGCUCAUGACCUCUGGUACCCUGAAGACGUACCUGAAGCGGUUCAAGGUGAUGAAAAUUAAAGUGCUCCGCAGCUGGUGUAGGCAGAUCCUCAAAGGCCUCCACUUCCUCCACACUCGGGCUCCUCCAAUCAUCCACAGAGAUCUCAAAUGUGACAACAUAUUCAUCACAGGCCCAACAGGAUCGGUCAAAAUUGGAGACCUCGGACUGGCCACACUCAAGAGGGCGUCAUUUGCCAAGAGUGUUAUAGGUACCCCUGAGUUCAUGGCGCCUGAGAUGUAUGAGGAGAAGUACGACGAGUCAGUGGAUGUAUAUGCCUUUGGAAUGUGCAUGCUGGAGAUGGCCACUUCAGAGUACCCUUACUCAGAGUGCCAGAAUGCUGCACAGAUCUACCGCAGAGUUACCAGCGGGGUGAAGCCGGGCAGUUUUGACAAGGUAGCCAUUCCUGAGGUGAAGGAGAUCAUUGAGGGGUGCAUUCGCCAAAACAAGGAUGAGAGGUACUCGAUCAAAGACCUGCUGAACCACGCCUUCUUCCAGGAGGACACAGGUGUGCGCGUGGAGCUGGCAGAAGAGGACGACGGAGAGAUGGAGGCUAUUAAGCUGUGGCUCAGAAUUGAAGACAUCAAAAAGCUGAAAGGGAAGUACAAAGACAAUGAAGCCAUCGAGUUUUCCUUUGACCUCAACAAAGACGUCCCAGAGGAUGUGGCACAAGAAAUGGUUGAGUCUGGCUAUGUGUGUGAAGGGGACCACAAGACCAUCGCAAAGGCCAUAAAAGACAGAGUAUCUCUAAUCAGGCGCAAACGAGCCCAGCGACAGCAGGUCAGAGAAGAUCAAGAGAAGAGGAGGCUUGAAGAAGAGGUGCAGGUUCAGUCAGUACCAACACAGCAGACGGGCCAACAGUCUGGCAUGGAGAUACUACCCCAGUCGCAGUCUUCUUUUGUUGCCCCACAACCAAACCAACAUUCCUCACAUAUGGGUGCCCAGCUUACAUCUCAACCGAGCCUUCAGAGCUCCAACUACAGUGCUCCCCAAUCUACCCAGCUGCCUGGCAUGUCACAGGGAGUCCUCUUAACCCCUCAGACAACUGGACAACUUCCUGCUCAGAGUCAGACUUUAUCUGCUGUGCAGGUGGAGUUAGACCAACCAGAGACUGACCAACAGAUACAACAUACCAAUGCAGUUCGUGAAAUAGGAGACAGAAUCCCCAGCUCCUCUGUUGUUUCCGAGUCCCAGCCUCCUCUGUCUGGAGUGUCCUACAACAUAGUCCUGAGUCCACACCUCCAGCCCCAAGCAUCUUUGAUACAAAGUGAUCCAAAACAGCAGUCAGUGGUUCAGCAGAUUCAAAGUGUCCAACCAGAAGCUGUGUCUGUGAGGCCCACGAACCAGCCAGUUUCAGUGGCAUCUUCACAGAUUUCCUCUCUGCAAGUCUCAUCGUCUUCAUCUUCUCAGUCAUCACAGCCGCACUCAGACAGCAGCAAUUCUCUGGUACAGGCUCCAGCCUCACAGCUACAGUCUUGGGCCAAUGAUCCAAGUCCUCCUAUCAUGUCUCCACCAAUCAACGCAGAGCAUCUAUUCUUCCUCUAUCAGGCAUCAUGCCUCUCUGUUCUUCAGGCUGGAACUGUUCUUCAGGGAACUCCAGUGGAGCAGCCAGCAGGAUCUUCUACCCUCGUCCCACAGCAGCCAGAUAGCUGUUUGUCAGAUGCUGCUUCAGGUCUUAGUGAUGGCAACGACGGGAGUUCCACAUCAGGGGGUCGUCACGAAGGGCGCUCUAUGAAGCGCAACCAGAGACGAUCUGUCCGCAGCCGUUCUCGCCACGAGAAGGGCACAAAGGCCAAACUCAACGUUCUCAGCAUCUCUAAUGUUGGAGACAGAGUGGCUGAGUGCCAGCUUGAAACUCAUAACCGGAAGAUGGUGACCUUCAGAUUUGAUCUUGAUGGUGAUAACCCAGAGGAGAUAGCAGAGAUUAUGGUUCAGAGUGAGUUCAUUUUGGAGAACGAGCGUGAGUCUUUCAUCGAGCAGGUCCGGGAAGUCAUAGAGAUGGCUGAUGAAAAGGGAAAGGGCAUGAAGGAAGGCUUCUCCCAGAUUGGUGACCAGCAGCAGUCCGAGUUGACUGUUCCUAUGAUACCAGGUAUUUCUCCCAGCACCACAGCUCAGGUGGUUCAUUCAGCAGGCCGCAGGUUCAUAGUCAGUCCAGUCCCAGAAGCUCGUCUGAAAGACAAGUUCUUUGGAGCUCCUUCUACCAACACAUCAUUUGGAGAUGAUGCUGGCCCUGCUCCCUCUGGUCUCUCUCUUUCUGCCCCAUCUGGGGUUCUCCAGGAGGCUUUCAGUAAAGUGAAGCAGGCCCGUAUUGACAGAAGCAACACUCUUGAUCCUCCUGUUCCCGAGCAAGAACCAGUCACCUUCCCAUCCUCUGAGGCCGGCCACAUCUCUAGCAUUCUGUCUCCUUCAGAAGCUGCAGCAGCUUCCACUCCUGGCACGGCUUUUCCAUCCGAGUCCGUCACCUCCACUGCAACGCCUUUGCCUCCUCAAUCCACUGGCAGGGUUUCCUCUCCACCAGCAUCAGCUCUGUCACAACCUGCAGUCUCUGAUUCCAUUCCAUCCUCCCAGCCUUCUCAUGAAACCGCUGCUCCACAGCCCCCGACGGCUUCUACUAGCAUCCCUCCUCCGUCCUCCACCAUCUCCCCUUCUUCCACUCUGACGUCCAUCUCUGCUGUAGCCGGGCCUCAAUCCAGCAGUACCUCUGCUUCCACCGGCACUCCCAGUGUUGUCGGAUCUGCUCCCAUAUUAGAGCAACUCAAUGGUCAACCUUCUCAGUCUGUAAACUCAACCAUCCAUUCUCAGCACCCCCAGACCCAGAUCCCGUCGCAGCCUGUGGAGUCAGAGGGGAGCGAGCUCCAUUCUAAGACGGCUGGUAGAGAUGAUAUUCAAACCUUAGACAUGAAGCUGCGGUCCCUCUUUAAAGACCAAAGUUCUGCCUCUUCAGCAUCAGUCGAUCCCAGUCAGAGCACAGGAACCUCCACCCCUCCUGCCACAUCCUCCCCACCACCCGGAACCACCCUGGUGCCCCCAUCAAAUCUUUCCCUGUCGAGUGGAGUGCAGCUUCCAGGCUCAAUGUCGACUCAGGCCGGACAUGCCCAGACCCCGCCCUCCAAACCCAAGUCCCAGACCAGCUUUGAUCAAGCAACCACACCUCCUUCAGAACAUCCACCCCAAUUUCCUGAACCAAACCAGGCUCAGCAACAGCAGGGGGAUUUAGACAGUCAGCUGAGAAGACCUGCAAGUCCAGAGACUCUUCAGGCUGAUGAUGGAGCUCAACCUCCAAGCCCAGGUUUCACUUUAGGACGCUUCACAAUCUCUGUUCCACCUGAUGAGGCUUCCACUAGAGCUCCAGAUCCAUCCAGUGUGGUUUCUUCUGCUUCCCCCUCACUCUCCUCUACUUCUUCUUCCUCUUCAUCCUCUUCACCUUCAAGUCCAGAAAACACUCUUCACCGCUCAUCCUCUCUGUCCAAAGACGUUUCUGAAACUGACAGACCCAGUCAGCCCACAACUAUCGGUCGCUUCCAAGUGUCCAAAAGCAGCGCCUCGUCUGAGCCAGCUGUUGGUUCAGUGGUGGGACGGUUCUCAGUCACAGUGACUCCAGCUCCAAGCUCCAGUUCUUCACACAGCUGCAGCCUUCAGAACGGACCUUCAUCUUCGCUCUCUGAUCCUCUGAACACUCCUGCCCACUACAGCAGCGACAACGACGAGUCUGAGACGGACGACGAAGUCUUACAGAAAGAAAUCAGUCGCCUGAGAGAAAAACACAUGAAGGAGAUUCAGGCCUUGCACACCCGCCAGAAGGAGGAGAUAGCAGCCCUGUACAAACAGAUGGGAAAGUCCCCUCCUCAGUGCCUCGCUUCUCCUGCUCUGGUGAUGGCUGGAGGCAGACGCAGGCGCAAAAGCAAGAACCACAAGUCUCGCAGCGGCGGCCAUCCCAGUCCCGUACACUCAGCUCAAAGUCAUGGAUCAGAGUCCCCUCCAAAGCAAACGUCCUCUUCUGCAACAGAGACUAAAGGAACGGCGGUCGACCCGCAGCAGCUAACGUGCUCUCUGUCCAUGCCGAGCCUCGGAGGCUGCACAGGAUUAAGUGGGUCAGGCUCCACAAACUGUUCAGGCCAUGACCAGGCCGCCAUGACUCCUCUGCCUCAGGCCACAGGACCGUCAUCCGUCCCUCACACCCAGAAGGGGAAAGGCACCUUCACUGACGACCUGCACCAACUAGUAGAUAACUGGGCCCGAGAUGCUAUCAGUCUGUCCCAGUGCAAAAAAGGGCCUAAAGCUGGGGCCACUCUUGGACACGAUAUCAUUCCUCCAGCCAACAUGGCCCGUAAAUUUUCCGCCCCAGGCUACCUCUGCCCAGGACCUGUAGUGGCAAACAACACGUCCACGACCAACGCUCACCUCCCCAACCCGAGCAACCCCUCUGCCUCUCUGGGGUCUCGCAAAGGCUCCCUCGGUCCUGUGGCCCAGGGCUUCGGGUUCACGUCUUACAGUGCCCCCCAGUGGGCAGGACCCACCGGCACAUGUCAGGUCAGCGUGCACAACCCCUCACAACUAAAGCAGUACCAGCCCCCCACAACAGCCCCCAUGUCCAUGCAGCAAGGCUUUCACUUAGGAACACCAGCCCUGCAGAAGUCAGUCAGCCCUGGGGGGUCUAACCCCAGGCCAACAUAGCCUUGCUUCAGACUGGGACGAAGGACCAAAUGGAGCAGAGAUUUUCCACAGUCCUUGAUGGAGAACCACGGCCCGCCUUUGCAGUCACUGCUGUCGUUGCAUCAUCACUUUUUAUUUCAACUUUUAUCGUUGUGUGUUCCUGUGAAUGGUUGACCGGCGGGGUUGGUGUCCUCUCAGGCUAAACCAUGACUGGGGGGUGGCAGCGGGGGGGAGUGCAAUACACACUCACAGCACAGAAAUGUCACGCUUAACCUGCCAUGAGCUGUGAAAAAGAGCUGUGAUGAGUCAGCUGGUCGGGUCAACAGCAGCCAAAUGGGAGAGCAGAUGUUGUCCCUCCUUUAAAAGGGGAUCUGGGAUUGUAGUUCUCAUCUUUACAGGCCACAGACAGGAUUUUAGUUCAAUGACUCUGAAGGGAAGGGAUGUUUAUGUUGGCGAGGACCGGAGAGUGUAUAGGAGGUGUGAGCAGAAAGACUUGUAGAGUUGGUAGAAGAAAGAUUUGAUAAGUUAGUGUGGAAAAUGAUUGCAGUAUGAAUACAUCCCAUUAUUAUUAUUAGGUACAAGGCAAUAAUGAAGUAGAUCAACUGUCCCUUGUAACUGUGGCCUUAACUCCCAAACACACAUGACCAUCAGCUUUGUACAUAGAUUGGGCUCUGAGUACAUGUUUAACAUAUUCCUGUCUCUGUGAGUCUGUCGUCAUGUGACUUGAGUUUUUAUAUCAUAAAGAUUUAAUAUGCUGAUUUACAACUGACUUAUGGACCAGUGGAUCUGCGGUCCUGGUGUUGACCACCACUGACUGUUCGAUGCCGACUCAGAUCAGUCCCAACAAGGCCGCUCGGCGGCUGUCGUUUUUGUUCCGUGUUUUCCCACCGAACGGAUUCCUCAAACCACUAUUUACUUUGCGCUCAGAAAUGAGACUUAUAAUAUCAAACGUUAUAAAAAUAUAUAUAUAUAUAUAUAUAUAGCUUUUCAAAAACGGAUUCACCCACCCAAUUUACAGAUACAAACAAGUUCUGAGCAAAGUCCCAAAAUCCUCCUACCCAUAACAUGUAACUGUGACCUUUCACAUCACAAGUGUCUGGGGUUCUCUGUCUGUGGUCUGUUUUUGUAUGCUUAUAUUUAAUACAACAGACAAUGUUCGUUAUGGACCUGUAUUCAGCCAUCAGAUUUUGAUGUUGUUUCACUGUAAUUAUUAAAGGUUGUUAAACAACAUGUAGUUAAUGAAAUAUAAAAAAGUGCAAUUGCAGGGUUGUUGUAAUUGGUAUCCCACUCACCGUGCAGGGAGCCUCCUGCGGUCUGUUAAGCUCUUCUAUGACUGCCCUGUCACCCUUUUCUAUUUUAUUGUACAUAUGCUAAUGUGAGGUGAAAGCUUUCACAGUUCUCAGUCACUAGAGUAUGCUUGUGAUGACCCGUUCUGAACGCACAUGCACUCUAACCCGUAGACACCAGGAAGACUUUAGUGCCUUGCAUCCUCACUAACGACCACCCACAUUUAUCCAGUAUUGCAGCCGCGACUGUGCAUCAAAGAACCAGUAACUAAACCAGUGCAUGACGACGCCUGGCACGGCCACUUCCCAGCAUGCAACACUGAAACUUUGGCCACACGCUGGACUUGCAGAACAAAUAGCACAUGAAGUGGUCGUUUUUUUUUUUUAAGUUCCUUUUUCUCUACAGUUACAUUUGUGUCGAGUAAUCAUCUGUAUUUAUACUCAGCUCAUGUGAACAUAGAUUUUUGCCGACCUGUGUUUUUUUUGUGGGUUUAUUAUUAAACGAUUUUCAUACUUGUUCUGGAAGCAAGUGACCUGUACAAAGGUUUAAAAGUUGUCAUGCUGACUCAACUGUUGUCUCAUAGGAGUGCCAUGCUGAUGUUGUGACUCUUCCACCUGCUUGUAGAUUAAAUUAACUUCUCUAGAGAAAAAAAAAUAGUUACUGCAAUGCAGAAUAUGCAAUGUUGAAAGUUUUUAACGGGGUCGAAAAGGGGUAUUUGACACAUUUGCAUGCUGAUGAGGGUGUUUACUAACUUGUAUUAGU